UGAUCGAAGGCCCAUCUCUGGUAUCUCCAAUUGAUUGAAGGUAAUUUUGUUUCACAGUUCAUCAUCCAUGAUCUCCAAUAUUUUCUCAGUUGUUCCAUGCAUCAGCUGUAGAUGAGAAAAUCCAUGAACUUUAAUGUUGCCUCGCAAACUGUGUGCAAAUCAUACCUAGAUCCUAGGUCCUCGGCUAAGCACCUGAUUUCUAACCGGCUCCACUUGCAACCUAGUACGUGAUUGUGGCCUCAUUAGUUAACAAAGACAUAGCUUUUUGUUUAUAGCACAAAAUGUUUUUGUCUCAUUUUAUAUCGGCAAAGAAGGGACCCAGGGGUAUUGAGUCGUACAAUUAAAUUGGAACAUUCCAGAUUCUUCUGUUUCCUAGUGCAAGUGCUACUAUGGGAAGCACAGGGGCAGCUAGAGCGAUGCCGGUGCAGGAGCUUGCUGGAGCCCUUGGCACACCCGACGUGCCGGCACCGUACGUUGUGCGCACGCACAAGGACCAACAGCUUGCCGCGGCGGUUGUAGCGCCGGUCCCUGUCAUCGACCACGGCCGCCUUCUAAGGAAGGACCACAGCGCCGACGAAACCGCGAAGCUCCGGUCAGCGAUCGAGUCCUGGGGCCUCUUCAUGGUCAGUAACCACGGCGUAGACGCCGCCGUGAUAGAGAGCAUGAGAGCCGCGUCGAGGGAGUUUUUCCGGCAGCCACUCGAAGAGAAGCAAAGAUACAGUAAUCUAAUCUGCGACGAGCAGUUCCAGUCCGAGGGAUACGGGAACGACCGGGUGAGCUCGCCGGACCAGACCCGGGACUGGACCGACCGCCUCUACCUCAAGGUGCAGCCCGAGGACGAGCGGCGCAUCGCCCUCUGGCCAGCGCAUCCCGAAAACUUCAGGGAUGUUCUCCACCAGUUCACGAAGAAAUGUGGACAAUUGAAAAACGAUCUGCUCCGGGCAAUGGCGAAGCUGGUGGGGCUUGACGACGAGAACUACUUCGUGGACCAACUUGGGGAGAAGGCCCUUACAAAUGCUAGAUGCAGCUACUAUCCCGAGUGUCCAAGGCCGGAGCUCGUGUUUGGCCUCAAGCCCCACACUGAUGGUACCGUUGUUACUGUCCUCAUGGUCGACGACCACGUCGGUGGCCUGCAAGUUCUCAGAGAUGGAGUUUGGUGGGACGUACCAAUCGUACCUCACACACUGCUGAUCCUUAUAGGAGAUCAAAUAGAGAUAAUGAGCAAUGGGAUAUUUAAGAGCCCUGUGCAUAGGGUCAUCACAAAUGCAAAGAAAGAGAGGCUAUCAGUGGCUCUAGACUACUCUGUUGAUCCUGAGAGAGAAAUCGAGCCAUCGCCUCAAUUGAUCGAUGAGAAGAGACCGGCAUUUUACAGAAAAGUGAAGGUCAAGGACUACAUUGCCACUUAUUACAAUCAUUUUUUUCAAGGGGGAAUGGUUAUAGAUACGAUUAAGCUAUAACUAAGUAUGGCAUCAUGGAUUUCUUGAAAAAGAAUGUGGCCAAGAUAAAUGAUUGUAUCAUGUAUCUUUAUAUGUCAAGUGUAUUUACUCUCUUUGUUUAACAACACAUGUUGUUUCAGGUUUUUGUAUGGUCUACAUGCUAAUAAACUCUGGAUGUUGUGAUAUUGUUCAUGGAUUUAUAAUAAAAAUAUGGGAUGAUAAUAUUUUUA